CUGCCGGAUAUAGGCUAAGGUUCGUCCUAAGUUACAUAAAAGUCUGAGGUGUUCGUUGUGUGAAGAAAUUGUCAUAGGAUAUUAAUACCAGUCAAAUUGCUUUAGGUUUGUGAUGGAUAUGAUUGAUAUACCAGUAACUUUGAUUGUGAAAGCUCCUAAUCAGCAAAUAGAAGAUCAGACAAUUCAUUGUGAGUUGAACUGGACUAUAAGAAAGCUUAAAGGCUAUCUGUCAGAAGUUUAUCCCAGUAAACCACGUACAGAAGACCAGAAGUUGAUAUAUUCUGGACAAUUAUUGCAUGAUAGUGUAACACUAAAAGAUAUUUUGCGUCGUUACGAAGGCCAAGAAACACACACUGUUCAUCUAGUUUGCACACCCUCAAGAGACUCAUUGCGACAUGCAAGUACAGUUGUAACAAAAGUGCCAUCAAGAAUGAGUGAAAGUGGACAGAUUUCUACAAAUCCUGCAGUAGAAAAUGUACGAAACCAAGAAACAGAGGUUCCAUCAGAUGGACUGAGGCAACGUCUAACUGCAUCACAACCUUCAGAGGCUCAGCAGUCAUCAUCACAGCCUUACAGUAGUACAGCAAAUGGCCAGUUUCCUCCCAUAGACCCCAGAACAUUCUGGGCUGGUGCUAUGACUGAUCCAUAUGCUACUACUCCAGGAUAUGACCCAAACAGUAUGUCACAACAGCUGUUAUGGAUGCAGCAGGCAUAUGCCCAAUAUGUUACACAGUAUAUGCAACUGAUGACUUCAGGUGGGCUUACUCAGAGUUGGUACCCCUCUGGUCAAACUACCAUUCCUGUAUCAGCACCCCAACAUGCUCCUGAACACACACAGGCACCUCCAGUCAAUCCUCGGGAACAGGCAGCUGUUCAGCCAAACAACAAUAUCAAUGUUGCAGAUGGCAUAGAAGAAGAAGAGGAAGGAAGGGGCAAUAGAGAUUGGCUGGACUGGUUCUAUACCAUGAGUAGAGUCAUGGUACUCUUCAGCAUAGUGUAUUUCUACUCGUCACCAGCUCGAUUCAUCAUAGUGUCUGCACUUGGACUCACAUUAUACCUGUAUCAGCUGGGCUUCUUCCGAGCCCAGCAGCUGCAGGCAGCAAGGAUAGUUGCAGAAAACAACAAUGAGGCUGUUGAUGAAAGAGGUGUGGUGGAGAACAACAACCUCCAAAACCAGAAUGAAGGAAUGGGAGCAAGAGCUGAGGUGCAAGGCCAGCAAAGACUCCCAAGAGAGGAGGGUAGUGGGGCAGAGGAGCCAGACCCAGAGCCAGACAGACCAUCUGUGUUUGCCAUUACCUGGACAAUUUUUACAAGCUUCUUUGCAUCUCUCAUUCCUGAGCAACCUGGAGCUCUCUAGAGCCUUUUCUUCCAUUGUAUCCUUUGUUUACAUUAGGCCAUCUCAGGAGUUCCACAAAAUAUUCUAUAAAGUUUGCAGGAUUUGCUUCUCUUUUGUAUGUAGCUUUCUCUCAGAAAUAAUAUUUCCAGACAUGAGAGAAGUAUUAGUGUUUCAUUUAUUUUUUUACAUCUGUAUUUUUGUUCUUGAGGAAUAGAAGCGCUUUUAGCUACUCGUACUUUUUUUUUAUUUUUUGUUGUUUUAUGGAGGAUCAUGAUAUUUAUAGAGCAAGUGAUUUUCAGAUGGCAGUGUUUUUUUGGAUAACAUAUUAAUGUUAAGUACAUCAUCUACUUAGUGUUUACUGUUGUACAGCCUUCCCAUUAAAGUAAUAUUUCAGGUUUCUUAUAGUACUCAGAAUACACUGUCCAGUCUGCUGCUUGCUUUUGUAUCAAGACUUUCUCCAAGAUUAUAAGCAUUAAUCACUUUCAUUUUGGUUUUGAUAUUUGAUAACCAAAUUAUGAUUCAACAGUGUAGUUCAUAACAUUUUUAAUUGUGACUGGAAUAUCAUAAGUGGUUUUAAAAUGAAAAAAAAUAUGCAGGUGGGCCAUUUAGUUUAGCUAAGUUAUACAUUUUUCAUUUUUGUUUCUUGUUAUCUCACCAGUUAAUCAUCUUCACAAGAAUUUCAUAAAUUUAUUUAUCUCAACUGAUACUGUUUCACGUAAGUUAAAUGUGAAGUUAUCAACAGUAAAUUGUUCAUUUGUUUUUCACUUUUUCCUCUUAGUUUACAGAAAGCAUUUGUUGAAACACUACGGAUUUUCUUGCACUAUUAUUCAGAGUAUUUGUUUCUUCCCAUCUUGUUCUUUUCUCUGUAUUUAAUAUUCAUGUAUAAGUGUAUAAUAUUACAUAUGUUACAUUUGUAGAUUUCAUGUAAAUGUUACACUUUUAACUACUGUAGAUCUUGAUGAUCUAGCUCUUUGACUUGUAUUUUAGUAAUACAUGGAUUGCUUAAAAACACCAAACAUCUUAGUACAUUACAUCCUGUAUUACAGUAAUGUCGCAUCGUACAAACACUCAUAGGUACCAAGUGUAGGAUAUUGUAAAAUAGUAUAUUUGAGCAUAUGUUACACAAUUCCAUCCAUAAAUGGAUAUAGUAAACAGAGUUUCCCAAUCGUUGAACUGCAAAAUGACAUGGUUUGUGUUUCUCUUGCCAGUGACCUGAGAAACUGGACACAAUUACCCCCCAAGCUAAGCAUACAGAUGGGCUGUGGGAUUUCAAAUAGUGGGUUUGUUUCAAGCCUAUUGUGAAGGAAUUAUUAUUUCUGCAAUAUUGAACAUUGACUCCAAGAUAUCAAAAUGCCCUUUUUUCAACUGCUUUACUUUGGUAUGACAGCUAAUAGAUGCUACCCAUAUGGACAGUUUUUUUUUAAUCCAUACACAUAUGUGUAUGUGCAUAGUACAUCUGAGGUUCCAGUGGAUUCUAGUAUUCAUGUACAGGGAUCAUCACAAUGGCCCAAGGGAUUAAUAUGUGUCAUCUUAAAGUAUGAGGGAAUAUGAGACUAAGAAUGCUCUGAGGAGAAUUUGAUUCUUACUUUCUCAAGGAUUGUGAGUACUGAUAUAUGCAUGGUGUAUUUAUUAAAGUUUUAAAACAGAACUUGAAAUUGUAAUAACUAUUAUAUUCAGCCCUACUGAUAGUUCAUUAAAAAGGCCAUCGUACCCUGUCUAGAUAAUUAUGCGUUGUCUCCAUAGCCAUGCAUCAAGAAUAAAACUAAUCAGACACAGAGGUAUUCAUUUCUUGUUAUAUAUUGAAGGUGAAUAUAAUUACAGUGUGCACCAGUAUCGUUUCCAUUUCAUAUCGGCUGUGACCGCCUUGAUGUUAACAAACAGAACUUCAAAAUCAAACUUGAUUUCCAUACUGGCAUUCAUAAACAUGCAGAAUUGUUUAUAUAAAAUGUAUAGCUGCUAUGGAUUCAGUUUGUAAAAUUGUAUACAAUUCUGAUAGCAUAUAUUUUUCUCCCCCAUAAAAGGAUUAAUAUACAAAAAUGCAUUUUGUCAUAUAAAGUACCAGGAUUCCACAAGAAAUUAAGCUUCCCUUUCCAAAGUCUUGAAGGGAAAGGAGCCAUCUGCAUCCCUUCCCACUUGAGGUUAAAACCAGUAUAUGAAAAUUGAUCAUAAUUAUUAGCGAUGUACUCCACCGACUUGCUGCAAAGUACUUUCACUGGUAUCUCGUAGGUGCCACGUGUAGCCUACACAGUCUGCUAAAUCACGAAUGGCAGCAGAACCACUUCAAAGAUUCUUCUUGUUUUGCAUAAAAGUGCUUGCUGUGUCCAUAGCCUAAGAGUUUGAAAGCAUAUAGGCAUGCAUGUUGGUGCAAAUGAAUUAAGAAAUAUGGCACACAGAUUUCUCUCCUGCGCAUGAUUUCACUACCAGAUUUUGUGAAUUUUAGACAAGUUUCGAACUUAAUGGGAAGACAUAGAUCAAAAAUGGAUUCAGUGCACUUGUCAUAUAUAAUGCUUGCUCUUUCAGUCUGGUCUACUGGAAGGAAACAAUCAUGAAUGCAUGAAAUUAUCUCCAUUCUGCCUUCAUGGUAUGGUGCAUAGGCACACCAACUUAAUUCAGACUAUGAUCAUGUUAUUGGUAUUGUCAUGUAUAAGGGGUUGUGUGACUAAUAAUUGUGGGUUCUAGAUUUGAUUAUUGGAUUUAUUGGAUGUCUCUGUUAUGACGACACUUGAUUAUAACAGUUCCCACAUUGAACUCCUGGGUAACGAAUCUCUCACUGUAUUUCUUCUGGAUCUUGGACUGAUCUGUAGCCACUAGUCUUCUGCUACUCAGUACAACUCAUUCCUGCGAAUCAGUUACCUAUUCUUUCAUGACCUGGUGCGGACCACAGACAGAACACCUCUGUUGUUCUGCAUAUCAGUUGCCUUGGUAAUUUGUUGAUGCAGAAACAGUGUUUACCUAAGCAUCAUCUAGCAACAGAUGUCUCUGUUGUGCUUCUCUAACUACACACUUCCGGCUCUCAGGUGUCAUGUCACAGUAUUUUUAAGAGAUCGUUAUAAAACUGCAUACAUAGUUUUUAUAUGUUGUCAUGUAAAACAUUUUUAUUUCAAUACAUUAUGAUUGAGGUACAGAUUGUGUUAGUUUGUUAGCACCACUGUUUAUCGUGUGCAGUUUUAAUAUGGUUGGGAACCCUGUUCUGUUAUAAAGUUUAUGAAAAAUCUAGGGAAAAGAAACCUCAGGAAUUUCAUUAUAGAAAUUGAGACUUUAGGGCAGCAGUGAAAGUAAACUGGUUUAGGAAGACUUAAGAAAUAAAUUAAUUUGAAAUCGAUAAGUAGAAGAUGUGUAGUGUUUGAAUGUGAUUAUUCACUCUGGAACUGGUGUAUGUAUAUCCCCUCAUAAAUAUAAUCCAUGUAUCAUUUGUUCCUAAAUGAAAUGAAAGAAAUUUCUCUAUUAUGAAAGCCAAGAAGGGUAUUAAAGGCUGCAUGGUACAAUUGUCUGGACAUGCUGGACAUUGUCAGCCAUGAAAAUGGAAUUAAAUAUGUGUUUAUAUUGUGUAAGUUAAGUUCCAAGACUAGCUUAAUACAGUGGUAGUAUUUUGUGAGAGCAGUAGAAACUUUGAAUGACACAAAAAGUAGACAGGCUCAGUGUAGGUCAACUUUCAGCAAGAAGCUGAUUACCUCUGAAGAAGAUGAAAUGGAAAGUUUCUUUUUAGCUCUGCAAACAGAUACUUUCAUGUUAAACCAUAGACCUUCGUAGUAGCUCUUCACUGACAUUAAUAAUGUCAUUCUGUUUUAUUCAUGGAAAAUAGCUGUGUAGUAAUACUGUUUAUAGUGAAUUUGUUUUGUUUAUAUAAGAUGAAAGUUCCGGUGUUCUUCAUGAAAGUGGUGAGUUGUACCUUUUGAUAAUUAUUUGUAAUAAGUAAUUAGCUAUUGGUAUUAAUGUACAAUUAAACACUAAGGACUGUAAUGAAGUAUGUGUAUAUAACACUAUAUAAUAAAUGCAAUUUAAAGUUGUUUGAUGUGGAGAAUUGUAGUUUAUAGAUCUGAAAAUAUUUCCCAUUGUGUACAUUUUAUAUCAUUUUCAUCUGAUAUAUAUUGAGCCUACUUUUUGACAUUGUCACUGCAGUCCAUAAUUUGGUGCUUCAUCCUAUCCAGAUAUGGAUUAAAUGUGAAUGUGAUGUGUAACCUUUAUGUUAAUGUAUUUAGAAAAGUUAGUCAAAUAUAGAUGUAUAAAGAAAUUGCAUAAUAUUUGGACUUUCUUGUACAGACUGAUAUUGAUUCCUGACCUUACCCUAAUUCAACCACUCAUGUCACACCUGUAAAAUUGUGAGAGGUUACCACAUAAGAAGGAAGGUGAACAGAUAUUCAGAUUCUCAUAACUGUUCUUUGAAUUUCUGUGAUCUUUGCUCUGAUAUGUAUAAUUUCAUCUUUAUAAUCCCAUUAAUAUUCAUAUUUUACCAGGAUUUACCUAUGUUAGCUUGUAAGAUAUGCUAAUGUAUUCAGUGUCAAAGAAUAAAAAUGUGAGUGGACAUGAGUUUAUGUAACUUUUAGCCUGAUUUACAAACUGAACCUAUGGAGGACAAGUUUUGAAAUCAUUAAUAUUUUUAUAACAAGAAUCAAGGUUCUUCAUGAGUUUUACGCGUAUUAUUGUCGACAAAAAUGUUAUCAAGAAAGAAGUACAUUUUUCUUCCAUCUGAAUGUUUUUAUGAAUGUUGUGCUGUUUCUAUCAUUCCUUGAGGUUUAAUAAGCAUAAAAUUGUCUCUCAAAUUUUCCUUCCAAACCAGUCAUACAUGAAAUAUUAUGAGAUGACAAUAUGUAGAAUAGAAACUGACAUGACAGCAGAAGCUAGACAUCUCUGGACAUCCAUAUUUAUGCCCAUAUGCCUGCCUAGCUUUUACAUAUAGUGAUUUUUAAUUACAUUGUUCAGUUCAUGGAUUCCCAUGUGGUGCUGCAGAGCAUAUGUUGCCAAUAUUCAUGUCACUUAUUGAAGAAUAACAAAUUGUCUUCUUAUCUUUACAGAUUAGACAACUUACUGCCUAUAUCAAUGUCAAAAUCCUCUUUUCAAUGACUCCAUCUUUCUCAGAACUAUUAACAGUGGUAGUAUAACCAAACAUUUAUAGCCAAUAUGUAUUAUCUAAUUAUCUUUGCUCUUCAUUCAUCAAUUAAUUGCUGAAAAUCAGUGUUCUGUAAAGUACCUUUCUUGUACUUGCAUCAUCAUCGAACUUCUUUCUCCUGCUCUACUUCUAUAAUCAUUUUAAGUUUGGAAUUACGCCUUCCAAGAAGUAUAAUGGACUCUAUUGGCAGUGGAUGAUACAAGUUACUGAGAUGACAGAUAUUAUCCAUCUCUGAUUGUUAAUGACUGUUUUAAAAAGUUAAUAAUGUUGAAAAAUAUGUGCUCAUAUGAAAGUUGUGUAAAGAAACAGUUUUUGAAUUAUUUGUCUUUCAUAUCUUCCAUAGAUUCCACUAGCCUUACUGUUGUUCUUCCAACAUUUUUGUAAGGCAGCACCACCACAACUAGAAUUGUCUCCUCAUUUUCUGUUGGAUUCUUCAACAUCCCAGAUACAACACAUAGUAUUCCGUCAAGAGGAUGGGCAGAAGAACAGAGAACUCUUUGAGCAGAAAUAUGGACGACGAGGUGAAAAGCUUAUCGCUGCACUUGGGUCUGGACUGCCUGGUGUUCUUGACUAUCAUAUUCAGGAAAAGCAGCGACCACUAGAGCACAUCAAGAAUGAAAAAUCAACUACAGUCACCGAAGCUUUGGCAACAACAUCAAUACCUGAAAUGAAUAGCACUGAUGCAGUGUAAUAUAUGUAAACUAUUGUAAGAACCAUGUAACCUACAUAGUGCCAGCUAUGUAGAGACUCGUGUAUGGUAUGUGUUCUGGCCAUGGUUGGUACUGAGGUGUGGUUCUAAUAUUUCAGUGUACAUUGUUCAUAAUAAUACAUGAACUGCAAUUUUAAUCUUUGAACACCCUCUUCAAUUAACUGCUGGUGUGACAUAUUAUUAUGUGCAAAUGAUAUUGUGAGUCUUAUUGAAUCUUAUAUGAAUAAAGAACAUAUGAACAUUA